ACUUCAUUUUCGAACAUCAUUUAUUCAGUAAGCACGAAAAUAAUUUAAUUUCACAUUUUUUAAAUAUCUGCUUAUCGAAUCAUGUUCAAUGCAAGCAGACUAGUAUUGAGAAGAAGUUUAAGCAGAAUACAACAAAUGACAUGGAAACAAAACUCAAUUAAACCACCAAUCGUUAGUUAUUUCAAUUAUUGCACAAAAACACCAACAAUAUCGUCAUGUAAACAAACGGAAUUAAAUGCUGACAAGCCUACAGAUCAAUUGUCAUCAGUACCUUUAGGACAAUUAGAGAAGAAAAUGCAAAUGAUGUAUACUUGUAAAGUUUGUGGCACAAGAAACUCACAAACAAUAUCAAAAGUUGCUUACACACAAGGUGUUGUGAUUGUCAGAUGUUCGGGUUGUGAAAAUAACCAUCUUGUGGCUGAUAAUCUUGGCUGGUUCAAAGAUAAGAAAGUAAAUAUCGAAGACAUUCUAAGAGAAAAAGGAGAAGAAGUUCGCAAAGUCACAUUAGGAAAUGAGAUUGUUGAAAUAGUUCAGAAUAAAUUAGAAAUACAAUAAAAGAAUUUAUCGUUUAUGAAAAU